GAUUUGACUCUUGGAAUGUUGUUGGUGAGACCAUAUCCUUUCUUUUAUGAUGCAAAGUCAGUGAGGGACACAACUUUUACCAAGGAAAAUUACGGAUCAGUCCAUCGAAUUUUCAUCGUUUGUAGCCAAGAUCAAGCAAUAACAAAGGACAUUCAAAUGUGGAUGAUCAAGAAUAAUCCGCCAGAUGAGGUGAAGACGAUCAAUACGGAUCAUAUGGUCGUGUUCUCUGAGCCUGUUGACUUGUCCGCCAACCUGCAGGAAAUUGCUGACAAGUAUUAUUGA